AUGGCGGAAGAAGCUUCCAACAAAGCACGCGGCUACAAGUCAACCCUUUCCAAUCCCAAUACCUCGGACGAAGCCAAGCAACAUGCCAAAGAAGUGCUCGACAAUGAACUCAACGGCGGCGACGUCCCACUGAGCGACGAGGGUGAUAAAGAUCCCAAGAAUGUCGCCCGUGGUUUGAAAGCUGCAACUCACAACCCCAACGUCUCUGAGGAGGGCAAGAAGGCCGCUCAGGAGAAACUGGAUAGCAUGUGA